AUGAGUCCGCCGACCACAUGUCCUACUGUUGGUCAGAGCAAAGCAAUUAGCCCAUCUUCUCGGGGCGUCAAUAUCCAUGAGGCGCGACGAGCGAACAACUUACGCCUCAAGUCACGCUUGGAAUUGAUAUAUCAGAAGUAUGGUAGAGAUUUCGGUAAUAUUGGCGAUGAAAUUAAUCUUCGGACGGGACAAAUUGUGGUUGAUAAUGGACAUCUUAAUCAAAUGGAAAAUGAGCAAGAUAUUGGCGGGUGCUUUUCGAAUAAUCUUCAUCCCCAUGGAAAGACACAUCGUGAGAAAGAUAUUACUGAACCUGUUACCCGUUUCACCGAGACGAUUACCAGCUUACAACCGACUAAAUCUCGCCAACCGAUGAAGAUGCACCUGCCCGAACUUGGUCGCCGCUGUCGACAUUCUCAGCCCGCUUUGGCUAACGCCGAUCAAGGACCAGAUCAACUGCUAGAUGGGAGUAUUCUGAAAGUCUCGGCUGACUCAAAUCCUGGAGAAUAUGAGGGUUAUUGUAUCUUGACGGGAAGUCGGAGUCCAACCGCGUUAGCCCCCGCUGUAGUGGGUGAACCCUUUUCUGCUGGUUUCCCAAAGCUCGAACAACCACGCUCAGAACAGAUUGAGUCCGUCUGGGCAGCCCCGAAAAGGCUUCCAAGGGGUAGACAGCGCACGGGCUGGGCUGACAGAAAUGCUCGCGCCCUCUUGGCGCCACAACCUGGACCAGAUUCGGAUUCCGACGAUCCUCUACAAGAGAAUAGUUCAAAAGCUAGAACAGUAUCUCGUCGUCCAUGCAUAUCUAAAUAUACCCACAUGCGUCUCUCAACAAACAGGGGCUAUGGUGGCGCCCAGCUCCCUCAAAAGAAGGGUUCUGAAUUCCACUACAAUGUGCUUUUGUGCGGGAAUCAGCAAAUUUCCGCUAAGCAGCACCGGAGCAAUGCGCGUACUACCUUUGAUCCUAUUUCAAAAGUAAUUACAAUGGACAGCGAGUUUAAUCAAGAGUCAGAAGAGUCCAAACGGCCUCUGUUGCAAGAGCGACCAAAAGUUGGGCCUCUUACUGCAGAGGAGAUUAACUACUUGCUAGAUCUACGGAUGGUGAAAAGAAGAUCAUGGCCGGAAGUGCUCUCUGCAAUGCCGUGGCGUAGUGCCAGGCUACUUAAGCACUGGUACUCUAAGCAUUGCAUCGAAGUUAAGAAUAUUCGGCCUUUGGAUAUCCGUGACUGGGUUUCCCAAGAAAAGGAGCGGCCACCGUCCGUUCAACAAGUCUCCCCGUUUUCUUUGGAGUCCGUACAACCCUAUGACGUGUCCGUGGAUAGGGUCCAGGGCAAGUGCAAUCAAGGGAGUGGUGAAAGACAGUCUGGGACUAUCAAGUUUCGGGAUCCUUCUGUUGAACAGGCUAUCACCAAGGAAGUGAGAAUGGACGAGGAUGAUAACCUGAGGUCGCCUGUCCAUUUAUUACGGUAUACCCAGGUGAAAUCUUCAGCGCGCGCAGCAACGGAUAUGAUAAAGUCUGAAAGCCCUGAUCCGCUCGUCGACACAUCGUGA